AUGUCAACAACUUCCCAUACCAUUGCUCACCACAGCUUAUUUGAGGAGCAGGAUCAGAUUCCUACACAGAUGGGGUUCUUUCCCUUUCCAACAAACCUUACCUUCCCUCCUUUGGGUUGUCACCAAUCCUCUUUGAAAGCCUUCAGCUCCAUAGCACCUUCUUCACUUGCUAUAUCUCAACAAGAUUCUACAUCAAAUCUAACAGAAACCCUAUUUCACAAGUCAAGAGAAGACCUCACUUCCACCUUUGGAGGAGCUCAAUUCCUGUCCUUGCGUAGAUCCAGUGUAAAUCCAUGGGCAUUGGGAGAAGUGAGUGAUUGCUUCAGCAGUAAAAGAAGUGGAUUUGAUGAUCAUCAUCUGGGAAUUUCAGCCAUGAAGAUGAAGAAAAUCAAGGCAAGAAGGAAGGUGAGAGAGCCUAGGUUUUGCUUCAAGACUAUGAGCGAUGUGGAUGUACUGGACGAUGGCUACAAGUGGAGGAAGUACGGACAGAAAGUUGUGAAGAACACGCAGCACCCCAGAAGCUAUUACCGUUGCACACAAGAUAAUUGUCGGGUAAAGAAACGCGUGGAACGCUUAGCAGAGGAUCCAAGGAUGGUGAUAACCACAUAUGAAGGGAGACAUGUUCAUUCUCCAUCAAAUGAUGUCGAAGACUCAUCUCCAUCUCAACUUGGUAACUUCUUAUGGUAG